CAAGCCCUUUCUCCUGCUCUAGGCCCAGCGCCUUGGACGUGCACAGUGGAUCCCUCCCGGCUUCCCGGCUUCCCGUCUCGUCACCCUCUGCUCAGAACCUGAGGACCCAGCCAUGGAGCGGUCGGCCUUCAUGGAGCUGGAUGCUGGGAGCAGGCUGGUGAUGCGUCUCCGCGAGCGGCCAGCCCUGCUGGUCAGCAGCACGGGCUGGACAGAGUUUGAACAACUGACUCUUGAUGGACACAACCUUCCUUCUCUUGUCUGUGUGAUAACAGCAGGGUCGGUGGACCUGGGUGUCUGUCUGCACAUGUCCUCCAGUGGCCUGGACCUGCCCAUGAAGGUGGUGGACAUGUUCGGGUGCUGUUUGCCUGUGUGUGCCAUGAACUUCAAGUGUUUACAUGAGCUGGUGAAACAUGAAGAAAAUGGCCUGGUCUUUGAGGACUCAGAGGAACUGGCAGCUCAGCUGCAGAUGCUUUUCUCAAACUUUCCUGAUCCUGCGGGCAAGCUAAACCAGUUCCGGAAGAACCUGCGGGAGUUGCAGCAGCUCCGAUGGGAUGAGAGCUGGGUGCAGACUGUGCUCCCUUUGGUUAUGGACACACAACUCCUGGGCCAGAGGCUAAAACCCCGGGACCCCUGCUGUCCUUCCCGCAGCUUUUUCUCGGAGUCUCAGGGCAAACCCUUUUGAGCAGCGCCUCCCAGUGGCCAGAAGCUGAAAUGACGGCAGUGGUGCCGCCUGGUGAAUGAAUUGGUUCUGUGACCGGGAAGCUGUGCUUGGCUCCGAUUUAUUUUCCGGAGGCUCGGAAACACUUCCUCUCUUCUUUUGUUCUUCAUGCCCCAUGCCCCUGCUAGCGUAUUACUGUUCUGUGACUUCCCUGUGACCUCUGCAGUACUCCUCAUCCUGCGUUUGGUCUCCAGGUGUCACCUUUCUGCCGUGUUCCUAACAUUUUGAUUCCUGUCUUGAAAAAAGCACCUGCUGCAUCGUAAGCCCAGGGAUGUGGCAGCUGCAGCGGGCUUGGCUUUGUGAAGAACCGAGUGUAUCCGCGGAUGUGGCAGCUGCAGCAGGCUUGGCUUUGUGAGGAACCGAGUGUGUCCAGGGAUGUGGCAGCUGCAGCGGGCUUGGCUUUGUGAGGAACCGAGUGUGUCCACGCUGGGGGAACAUCAUACUUGAUACACACGUUUUUAUUUGCACAAAGAAAAUGCUAUUUUUGGAGCCAGA